UCCAAAAGGUUCUUGUUUAUCACUCAGGAGACUGUCCUCCAGGCCUGGAAACAAGAGUCUGAAUCCAGCCGAAUGAACAGAGAAACUGCAAAGAGAUUAAUUGAGCGAUACUUUCGGCAGUUAACUGAAGGCUGUGGAAAUAGCAGCUGCACAAAUGAGUCAUGUGCAUCAAAUUCGGAUUUUCAACCUCUGGAUAAAAAUACUGCAGCUGCCAAAGCACUUGAGCUGUUUAAGGUUAAUGCGAAACUUUGUGAUUACUACCCCGUUGUCAAGUCCAGCUCCGACGAAAGCUUUGAGAUGGGCGAUAAGAUGAGCGUCGAUGAAUUCUCAGAUGUUCAGUACCUCACGGAGCACACUGUGUGCAGGAUCCUGAGUUUUUGUGAAGAGGAAGGGGAUUAUUCUGCUCUGGUCCGCGUCAUUGGCAGGAUUUUCUCCAAUGCAGAUGCUCUGAUGAAAAGUUUCAGGAAGAAUGAGCCAGGCGCCACCAAAAUGCUUGAUUCAAAAGAUGAAGAGAAAAACAAGAGCUUAGACAGGAAGGUCACCUCAUCUGAAGCCACUGUGCCAGAUGAGGCUACGAAUGGACCGCUGGACCCCUGUGCUGUGACAGUGGACAUUGAUGCAGUUCGCAGAGUCUACAACAAACUUCUGUCCAUCGACCAUGUGGAGUCAGCUCUUGUGAACGGACUCAUUUACCUCACUCCAAACGUGGAGCUUGAUCUGGAGUAUCUUAAUGUGUACGAAACCAAUCCAGAUUACCUGAACAUCUUCAUUAUAGUGAUGGAAAACAGUAACCUGCACAGCCCAGAGUACCUUGAAGUGGCAUUACCGCAGUUCUGCAAGGCAAUGAGCAAGCUACCGUUGACCGGUCUGGCCCGCCUGUCAAAGCUCUGGUCGACGUAUGGCCUCCCAAAUAUCCGGCGCAUGAUGGAAACCUUCCAGCAGCUCAUCACUUUCACGGUUGUUAGCAAUGAGUAUGAUGCUGAAAAUCUGGUGAAUGAUGAUGAGACGGUAGUGGCCGCAACCCAGUGCUUGAAGAUAGUCUUCUAUGCAAGUAUCUUGGGAGGGGAGGUGGAUGUAGAGCACAGUGRGGAAGAUGAGGAGGACUCUGAAUCAGAUGAGCUGACACCGCACGAGCUGUUAGGGGAGGAGCAAAUCUAUAAGAAGGGCCCACUGGCCGACCCGUUAGAGAAAGAGCUGGGCGUCCGUUCUAUAGACAGCGUAAGACCCCUCAUCCCCUUCGAAGACUUUAUCAAUGAGUCCUUGAACGACGUGAUUGAAAUGGACAAAGAUUUCACCUUCUUUAAAGUCAACGCAGAAACAAAGUUUUCUUUCCAAAGCUGUCCCUUCAUCCUCAACAUAAUAACCAAGAAUCAAGGGCUGUAUUAUGACAACAGGAUCAGGAUGUACAGCGAGCGGCGCCUCACAGCUCUCUACAGCAUGGUCCAGGGCCAGCAGCCCAACCCCUACCUGAAACUCAAAGUACGGAGAGACCACAUCAUCGACGACGCCCUCGUCAGACUGGAAAUGAUCUCCAUGGAGAACCCAUCUGAUCUGAAAAAGCAGCUGUUUGUUGAGUUUGAGGGGGAGCAAGGUGUAGACGAAGGAGGAGUUUCUAAAGAGUUCUUUCAGUUGGUACUGGAGGAGAUCUUCAUUCCAGAUAUAGGAAUGUUCACCUAUGACGACGUUACAAAACUUUUCUGGUUUAAUUCCUCCUCGCUGGAGAAUGAGGCACAGUACACACUUGUUGGAAUUGUCCUGGGGCUCGCCAUUUAUAACAACUGCAUCCUGGAUGUUCAUUUUCCCAUGGUUGUCUACAGGAAGCUCUUGGGGAAAAAAGGGACCUUCUUGGACCUGUCAGACUCCCAUCCGGUUCUGCACCAAAGUCUGAAGGCGUUACUUGAAUAUACCGGUGAUGUUGAAAAGGACAUGAUGCUCACCUUCCAAAUCUCACACACAGACCUGUUUGGAAACCCAGUGUUGUAUGAUCUGAAGGAGGAAGGAGAGCAGAUCCCUGUUACCAAGGAGAACAGACAGGAGUUUGUUGAUCUGUAUGUGGAAUACAUCCUGAACAAAAGUGUGGAGAGACAGUUCAAAGCCUUUAAGAAAGGUUUCCUGAUGGUCACCAAUGAGUCGCCUCUGAAAUAUUUGUUCAGACCAGAGGAAGUGGAGCUGCUCAUCUGUGGGAGCAGGGGAUUUCUGGGACAUUAUCCACUCCUUUGCAGAGGAACAAAAACGUCUGUUUCUUCAGUUCACCACAGGCACAGACAGAGCACCUGUUGGUGGUCUUGGCAAGUUAAAGAUGAUCAUCACCAAGAACGGCUCUGACACAGACAGGCUUCCCACGUCUCACACCUGCUUUAAUGCACUGCUGCUGCCUGAAUACUCCUCCAAAGAGAAACUGAGGGAAAGACUCCUUAAGGCCAUCACGAAUGCCAAAGGUUUUGGAAUGCUGUGACAAAUCCACCAGGACAGUUCUGUCUGUAUUUGUGAGAGAAAAGGGAAUUAUUAAGAGAAAAUGCUGUAAUAACCCUGUGCCUAACCAGAUCCUACAGAUCCUGUAGCCUCUGUUUUCCUUUCAGACUGAGCCCUCACUUUGUCACUUUCACAGAUUACAAAGAUCCCAAAGAGUUUAGAACUGCACCUAAAUGUUUGUUUUCAUGCUUGUAAGCUGCACAUGGACAGCACAUAUGAUAUAUUUAUUUAGUUUGAUUCUUUGUGCUGCUGACGUCUUUAAAAUGUAGCAGAAUUCAGUCUUUACAGAAAAUAUUGGUGCUCCUCUGCAUUUUAGCUUAAAGUGAAGCUUUUUCUGUUCCUGCUAACACAUGCAGCCCCACCAACAAGCCUAUAGUUUACUGAUUUUACUUUAUUUGUGCUGUGAUGUAUCAGAUAUGAAUACUGUGUGUUGUGACUGUGGUGCAGUGGUUUAGUUUCAGAUUGUGCCUUCUGACUGGCUGCUUCACAUGAAAAAAAAAAGGUUUUCUCUGUUAGUGUUUCCCCAAAUGGACUGGUUUCACAUUUGUAAGUGCAAUUUAAAAAAAAAAGUGCAAUGUCUAUGUACGGAAGAGUCAGAUUUUAAUAUUUUAUUUGGCCGAUAUCUCAGGUAUUCAAAAAAAAAUACCCAGACAAUGUGAAACUCUUCUGUAAAUUUGACAUUAUGCAAACAAAAUAAAGGUGACAAAUCUGUAA